GAAAAGAAGUUGGUCAAGAUUGCGACACCAGAUCCCUGGAAAGUGGGUUCUCGUGGUGCUGGAAUGAAAGCAAAGAAACGUCUAAAUGAGAACAAACUCCUGACUGGCGGUAAAGGUCGCUACAAUCCUCAUUCUGCAUCUUUCAAAAAAUGUCGUAUUUGUGGACAGAGUGUGCAUCAACCAGAGGCCUAUUAUUGUCAAUCUUGUGCAUUCAAAAAGGGCAUCUGUGCUAUGUGUGGUGUUAGAUUGGUGAAUACUUCUAACUACAACCAAUGCGCUGUGUAA